GGACAUGACUGUGUCUGUGAAUCGCCAAUCGAAGCUUGGCCAAAGACGAAGCUCUUGCAGGCGAGAAUCGUCGUCAAAUGCUUUACUGCAGGCGAAAUGAUGGAAAGCAAGCAAGCCGUCGUCAGUUGGCGGGCCCCUGGGCAAGCAAGCUGGCACUGCUGGCUGGCAGUUUGAUGAAACCCCAAAGAUGCGGGGCACGCUGUGGAAAAUGCGCCGGCCGCCAAGACCAGGGAUGUUGCCUGCCGACAGACAAGUGGCAGGCUCCAUUUGAGAUGACCCUCCAUGCUUUUGAUAUCGAGACUUUAUUUCAUGGUUUUCCUUCGUCGUCAUAUGCCACUAACCAAAGACCUCUAGAUACCUACCACAGAUAUAUAUACACAUCACGGCCUUUCAAUGGCCACACGCCCAACGCCACGCUUGCUCCUUAUGCUUGACCCUCCAGGCUCAAUAUCCACCUCAGAAUCCCAACACCUUCUUGAUAUUGUCAUAUAUCCCUAGGUAACAAUGUCAGCUUCCCUCUUUCAACUUCGUCAGAGUCAACUUACUAGCAACAUCCGGAGCAUUAAACUGCUCGUACAACAACGGCGUAUGAAUACUCCACCCAGCCACCCUCGCAACCGGCGCCUCCAACCUCACAAACGUCUCGGCAUCCUCCUGAAUCACCGCCGCCACCUCGGCUCCCACACCCGCAUUCACCAUCGCCUCGUGCACCACCACGCACCGCCCCGUCUUCCUCACGCUCUUGAGCACCGUCUCCUUAUCCCAAGGGUAGAUCGUCCUCAAAUCAAUCAACUCCACCCCUACCCCAAGAUCCCUCUCCGCCUGCUCCAACGCAGCCAUGCACUUGUACAACGGCUGCCCAUAACUCACAACCGUCACAUCAUCCCCCUUCUUCAACACCUCCGCCUUCGACAGCGGCAGCUCAUAACUCCCAGCAGGCACCUGCUCCACCGCCGCCCGGUACAAAAUCUUUGGCUCCAUAAAAACAACCGGAUCAUUGCUCCGUAUCGCCGCCAACAACAACCCCUUUGCCUGCAACGGCGACCGCGGCAUAACCACCCUCAACCCAGGAAUAUGCGUAAACAAACUUUCCGGGCUCUGGGAAUGAUACAACGCCCCGUGUCCCACACCUCCGCAAGGCAUUCGUACCGUCAACCCCCCCGCGCUCCUCCCGCACGCCCCGUCGCGAUACCGGUACUUGGCCGCCUCGUUGACAAGCUGGUCAAAAGCAGGGUAGACGUAAUCGGCAAACUGAAUCUCGGCCACGGGCCUCAUCCCCUCGGCCGCGGCCCCGAUGGCGAAACCCAUGAUUCCUUGUUCUGUCAAGGGGGUGUUGAACACGCGGUCUGCGCCGUACGUCUCGGCGAGCUUGCCGGUGCAGCGGAAGACACCCCCAAAGGCGACGUCCUCGCCAAAGAUGAGGACUGAUUCGUCUUCUGCAAGGGCGGUGGCGAGGGCGUCAUUGACGGCUUGGAAGAGGUUCAUGCGCUUGGUGGUGCCGUUGCGGGUUUCGGGGGGGAGCUCGGGGUUGGUGAGGGCUGUGGUGGUGGUGUGGCAGAGGAGGGGGGUGGUGGAGUAAUCGGUGGGAAGGUUGAGUUUGGCGUUUGGGGGGUGGGUUGAGUAGGUUCUUUUUGGUGUGUUCAGAGGAGAAGAGGUCAAGAGAGCGGCUAGUAGUUGUUGUCCGCGAGUGGUGAAUAGCGCGCGAUGAUGAUGAUGAAGAUGAUGAGGGCGGCGUGUAAGUGCCCGCGAUAGCGAUAAGGCGGAUGGGCCCCUCAUGGUUGGUUAGGUGAGUUUAUCAACAAAAAAGACACACAAGCAGAUGGAGAGGACUAUGUUGGGAAUAAGCUCAGUCGCAUUGUGAGAGAACAUAUGCAAAUCAACAGAGCCAUCUGUGUAAAACAGGAGGUCAUGAGGAGGAGGAGGUAGAAGGGAUGACGGGCGUGUCGGCUUGCGGCGGCUUUGGCUGCCACCGCCCAGCCCACCAGGCCUGUCCUUUUCGCGGGGUCCCCGCCUUUUGGGGGGAGAGCUGCCGCACGGACGUCACACGCUGCAGGGCACUUUAGGUACCGGCCGGUAGGCACUGGAGGGUGUUCGACAGCACGCUAGCCCGUUUUCCCGAGGGCCCACGCUCAGGUGCUGGAGCAUCAUCAUUUGGACCGAUUAUCAAAAAAGCUCCGGUUGGAGGCAAUUGACGCGCUGAAAUUGGAUUCCCAUCGGGGUGGAAGACCCCUCCCAAUUUGAUCGAAGCUCACACUCGAUCCAAUCUCUCAGAAGUAAACCAAUGACGUAGCAUUGGCGCCCAGGCGGAGCCUCACUCAACCAAUCCCUUUUGUGUAGACAAGCAAGGAUAAGGUUACCCAGCCAACUAUCAAGCCAUCUUUACAACAAUUAGCGUUUAGGAAGCUGGGCUGGGCCGGGCUGGGCUGCGCCUUGGAUGUGGGCUGGGGAGGAGCGCACACAAGCGUCGCAUCCAGUCGCAGUGGGAUCCUGAUGCCAGGUUUUUUGGAUGCUGGGCUCCUGGGCAUGAAACUGAUUUCACAUUUGAGCGCGCAAAAAAAAAGAAAGAAAAAAAAUAAUGUGUUUACUUUUUGUCUCGUUUGUAUUCCAACGUCGCCAAUUGAAUCUGUACACACACCGCCGGAAUGCCAUUUUCUUGACCGCCUAACCACCAGCACCACCACAGCAAAAUGCCCCGUGAUCCCUCCACCGACCGCGAAGCCCGCGGGGAACGUCGCAGGAGCACCCACCACGGACACCACCGCAACCGCUCCUCCGCCAAACACGGCCGAGAUGGAGAUGGAGAUCGCGAAACUGACGCCGAAAGGGAGGAACGUCGUCGCAAGCGCAGGAGUCAAAGUAGACGACCCACCAGCACGCCACGUGGGGCAGGAGGAGGGAAUGAAUCCGAUGCGCCAUCUUCCUCCCAGGGACUAUCAGCAGCGGCAUUGGCGCAGUUGAAUAAAGCCAAUGCGAAAGACAAGGCAAAGUCGCGAUCGCGACCUACUUCGCGGCAGCCGGAGCAAAGGAGGAGGUCAUCACGCGCUCCGGCAACAGAACCGGAAAUUAGAGACGCGAGAGAUUUGGCGUUGGAGUGGGAGAGGUCGAGAGGGAAAGGAAGAUUUGCGCCGCCGGAAGACAGCGAGGAUGCUGAGCGAGAGGCAAGGAGGGCUGCCAGGCGAGCAGCGAGGACGAGGGAAAGGAGCAGAGCUGCUGGUUAUGAGAGUGUUGGGCAGGGAGGCUAUGAGAGCGGUGAGCCGCCUGAACGGGAAAGGAGGAGGGGGCGGAAGGGGUACGAAAAGGUUGAUGGGGGAGGGGGGGGGCUGGCUCCCAAGGUGAUCACCGUAGCGGGACCCUCCGGCGAACGAUACGAGCGGGACCGCACCACCAAAGGCGGGAGGCGAGUCGUCAGCGGGGCUCAGCUGGAGGAGGGUAUCGAAAAUGUCCAGAGCCGCAAACCGCACCGCUCUGGCCUCCGCGGCGGCGGGUUUAUGGGGAUGAACUUUGGUGUCAGCAGUGAAGACAGCAUGCUCCGCGCGAAACCCCAGGAAACAGAAUCUGAGCUUUGGAGAGGGAAGCCCCGGCCGUGGUACAAGCAGAAGAAGAAGCUCUGGUGGCUGGUUGGAAUUUGCACCGUCCUCUUGAUCAUCAUCAUCAUCGUUGCCGCGGUGGUGGUCCCCAACUCGGGCAAAGACGAAAACAAACGUGACGACGGCAGCGGAGGAGGAGGAGGCGGUGGGAAGAGUAACCUGGGGUCUAUAUCCCCCGACAGUAUCCCCAAAGACGCCCCCUCCUACCUCAACCCCUUCGUCUGGGCCUCCACCGACGACUUCAACCUAACCUACACAGCCGAAACCGUCGGUGACCUCCCCCUCAUGGGGCUGUUCACCUCCUGGGACGACUCCGCCCGCGCAAACGACAAGGUUCCCCCGCUAAACAAACCCUGGGGCGACUACACCAAACGCCCCGCCCGAGGCGUCAACGUAGGCGGCUGGCUGUCACUCGAACCGUUCAUCACCCCCAGCCUUUUUGACUAUGACUCCCGCUUCGGCAUCGUAGACGAGUACACCCUCUGCUCCUACCUCGCCUCCCGCUGCGCUUCCGUGCUGGAAGCCCACUACGCCAGUUUCGUGACAGAGUCCACCUUCCGCGACAUCGCCGCCGCAGGGCUCGACCACGUCCGCAUCCCCUUUUCCUACUGGGCAGUCCAGACUUACGAAGGCGACCCCUACCUCUUCCGGACCAGCUGGCGGUAUCUCCUCCGCGCAAUCGAAUACUGCCGCAAGUACGGCCUGCGCGUGAACCUCGACCCGCACGGGCUACCAGGGUCGCAGAACGGGUGGAAUCACUCCGGUCGGUUGGGGGCAAUCAACUGGCUAAACGGAACAGAAGGCGACCUCAACGCGAGGCGAUCCCUCGAAUUCCACGACCGGCUCAGUCGAUUUUUCUCCCAGCCUCGCUACCGCAAUGUAAUCUCCCACUACGGCCUCGCCAACGAGCCAAAGAUGACGGAGCUCAGCGUUCCCGCCGUGCUAGAGUGGACAGCCCAAGCCAGUUCCAUGAUCCGAAAAAACGGCAUCCCUGAGGACGUCAUUCUCGUCUUUGGGGACGGGUUCAGAGGGCUGGGGAACUGGCAGGGCGAACUUCAGUCCCUCCCCAACGCGGCACUGGAUGUGCAUCAAUAUGUCAUUUUUAACGAAGAACAGAUCGCGUACAACCACUCCCAGAAGAUACGGUUUGCAUGCGAGGGGUGGGCACGGCAGACGAGGGAGAGCAUGGAUAGAUCGACGGGGUUUGGACCUACGCUCGUGGCCGAGUGGAGCCAGGCGGAUACUGACUGCGCGAAGCAUUUGACAAACGUCGGUUGGGGGAACCGCUGGACUGGCACACUCGGGCCGGGGGGGACGAGGCCGAAGGACGUGAGGCCGAGGUGUCCUGCGCUGGACAGGACGUGUAGCUGUGAGGAGGCGAAUGCGGGUCCGGAGAGGUGGAGUGAUGGGUACAAAAGGUUUUUGAGAAUGUUUGCGGAGGCGCAGAUGGAUUCGUUCGAAAAGGGGUGGGGGUGGUUUUAUUGGGUUUGGGAUACGGAGGAUGCAGCGCAAUGGAGCUACAAAAAGGGCAUGGCGGCCGGUGUCCUGCCCCAAAAGGCCUACGAGAGGGAGUUCAACUGCGAUUUGAGCAAGAUUCCUAGCUUUUCCGACUUGCCAGAGACGUACUAGAUCAUGUAUGACGAGCAUAAAAGGGGGGGAAGAUUGUAGAUUUGACGAGAUGUAUAUAUAUAUACACAUGUAUAUGGGACACGGGAGUUUUGGUGUUUCGGGUUUGGUUGGUUAGUACCUAAAGGUGAGAGACAGAGGCUUGGAUAUCAUUGCCGGUCGAGCACGAGGCAGUAUGUUUUGGACACAUAAAAGAGCCCGAUAAUACGGCACAGUAAAUCACAUAUAAAUACACAUCACAGCACAUCAUCAAACACCUCUAUUCAACCCUCAAAACAAAACCCCACAAUUUU